CUCACAAUGGCUUUCUAUAUGCAUUCGGGCGUGGUCGCUCCUUCCCAGCUGGCUUUGGUGCGACUUCCAACUGGACUGGAAAUGCCACCCUGUGGCUUCGUGGCUUCCCAAUAUGGGCGGCCUGUCAUCUCUCCCGCUAUGCUACAAACCUCCUCCAUCCGUGAUAGCUUUAUGGACUUCCUCUUUACUAUUUCUACUUGAAGAUGGGCCACGAUGGAGUCUGACGACAACGGCGAUUCACAAAAUCCCCUUUUGGUAAUCGAGGAUACCGAAUCGGAAGCCAACUUGGUGGACGCUCCCGAUGUCCAGGAACCGGAACCAGUGAAUACAUGGUCUCCUAGCACCUUCAAGAAGUUCAUAGACUACCUGCGAAACAAGAAACCCCCUCGACCCCAAAAAUACGUCGAAGGCUGGCACAACGAUCUACCAACUAAGCCACGGGACAACGAUUCACAAGCGAACGAUUCACGGGACCAUAGCUUCGACCACGUCCUCUCGCCAUACCACACUAUUCAGGAGCAACAAUGGGAGCAGUUGUCGGGCUACUCUUCGCAACUGGGAACGGUCAAGACGAAUUCGUUGAGCGCCAUGAGCCAAAGUGCUGUGAGGUCGAGAGGAACAACGCAGAGUACCGUCAAUCGCAGUUCUAGUUCUGAGCUCCGGAGGUCGAUUGAACGGAGGUCGACUGAUAUCGAAGGCUUGAGACUAGUCCCCAGUUCCUCUAUCGACGACGAUGCUCAAAGACGUGCCAUCAAGAGACGCCAGGCUAUACAAGAGAUCCUCACCUCGGAGUCGGACUAUGUCCUGGGACUCAAGGCCCUGACUGGCGUCCUCUCCCUCUUCGAAACGAGACCGGCGAUCUAUCAUAAUGUCCAAAAGCUCCGCGAAAUCCACGAACACUUCCUUGCCCAGCUUCAGAACGUCUCGCCGCCAAAAUCAGCCACCACUGAUGCUGAGCUUGCCAAUCUAAUAUCUGGCGGGCUUUCCAAGCAUUCGAGUCUACGAGGCUUCAGGAGCCUACAGAACCGAUCCCUCAGGACACGCAACUUCAAACAAAAGUUCAAUCUUCGCGUGAAGCUGAUAGCUGCGGAUCCUACUGAAGCUCGGGAUGUCGCACGUGUGAUACAAAGCCUGUCCACGUCCGCUGGGGCCUAUGUGAAAUUCUGCAGCAAUAAGGACCUACUAAAAAAGGAUCUUUCGCUUUUGAGAGAGUCCAUACCGAACUGGGCACUUUUCGAUCAAGGAAUCGAGGCUCUAUCGAGAUCAGUAACACCGAUGGAGAGCCGGAGACCGAAAGAGAACAGGUCCAUGACCUUGAACGAUCUUCUCAUCAAGCCAAUACAGCGGGUCUGCAAAUAUCACCUUUUGCUCAAGCAAUUGUCGGAUUUUACGCUCAGCAGCGACUGCCCGUCCGCCGACCAUGACAUCCGACAAGCUUUGGACAUCAUGAGAGCUCUGGGAGACAAAGUCAAUUCCGCCACCGGUGAUCUCGCCUACGAAGAUCGAAUACGGAAAACAAUUGGGUUGCAAGAGAAACUGGGACCUUUCCAAUCGGACACCUUGCGAGAUAUCUACAAGCAGCUAGGACCAAUGGUUAUGUGCGGUGUUCUGCAUGUGACCUACCAGUCUGGAGACCAUAUAAAAGGUACAUAUAUGGUCUGCACCCUUUUUGAUCAUUACCUCCUCCUUGCCAAAUAUGUGGAAGAGUCCCGCCAGCUCCAACCUGUGACAUGCCUCUAUGUAUGGGAUCUGAAAAUCGAUUGCUUGAGAAAUGGCAGAGGUCUAAGCUGCUACGAAUGUUUGUUCUCGUGGAAGCUGGUAUUCCACCACCAGAAUGACCAUUACGAGUUUGUUUUGAGUGCGUCCACGGCAGCGGAGGGAAGGCAGUGGACGUCUGAAAUCGUCAAGUCGACACAGAAGGUCGAGCCAGUGCCUGAGCCAAGGAAGCUUUCCGUGCUGACGCUCGAUGUGGAACCCUUUGAGCGCCCGUGUGCUCCUCUAGGCCGGAAAUCGUCUGUUCACUCCCUGUCGACAUCGCGCACCAACAACAACUCGCAACAUGUGAUCAUCGAGAAAACGCAUCAUCCCAAUAGCUCGGAAACAGUACACCCUGUUGAAGGAGAAAUUGAAAGACCGAGAGUUAUGCCACCGCAGGCAGCUUUGACACUGGUGACCAGACGACAAGACCGCAUUCGCUUGGAGCAGUUUAUUUCCGACGAAUAUACCCGCGAUGUGCUCCCAUUUCCUGGAAUGGUGCUUGGGUAUCAGGACAAACGACACAAGAAGAUGAAGGGCAGCGUCCAUGCGACAUUCACCAAGCGGUCAGCUUCUCUAAGCAAGAUCGUGAACACGACAACCGGAACGAAUGAUCAUCGUACUGACUCCCUGCCAAAGGGUACGGACGAUGUUCUAGCGCGGCCACUCCAGGAUCUGUUCCCAUACGACGAUGAAAAAGGAGUUGUUCUGCUAGAAGCGUCCCCGGAAGCAAAUCAACCAGCGAGUACCCUCAAGCUCGGAAAAAUGUCGAGAAGAACCACAUCGGCUACUCGGACAGCCAGUCAAGGUUCCAAGUCUUACGGCGUCCUUGGAAGUCCUACCUGGAAAUCGUUCGGGUCCCUUUUCCAUACUAUUUCGCCCAGGAGACAUAAGCGAACAGGCUCAUGGCUGAGCAGGAGUGAGACGUGAAGAUUAUGAUGCAAUGAUAAUUUCUUUUCCCAGUAUAGACACCGGCGAUUAUUCAGUAUAGUAUAUAUGUUGUACGGAGGACUUCCAUUCCAUUCUUUCUCUUGGGAUUGCGAUACGGUGGAGUUGUUUACGGGGGCACUGGCAGAGCUAUGAUGUGAGAGUGGAUAGCUGCACUGUUACUAUUAGCGGUAUCAUAGUAAAUAGACCCUCUUCACUGUUGUAUGGCGUCAUAUCUCCAUCCGGCUGUUUUUGGUGGGGAGAGCUCGGCCGAUGACGUCGGUUACCGCGAGCAGCAGUGAACAGCUCCCUAUUUAGAGGCCUCGAUUCUCGUUAAG